AACUGUCCCUGGUGGUGCAGGACCAAGGAGACAGGAAUAUCACCUUGACUCAGAAUCAGGCAAAGAUGCAGCUGAACUGGAAUCUGGCACAGAAACCUGGUGACGCAGGCCAUUCUGUGGUGGGCCUCGUGUCCAUUCCAGGGAUGGGCAAGUUGCUGGCCAAUGCCCCACUGUUCCUGGAGCCUGAGCAGCUGGCAGCUCUGCACGAAACACACAAGGGCUGGAGGCAGGAUGUCCCCCCCGUCCUGCUCUCAGACGUCACCUCUGCCUUUCUGAGCAACAAGAACACCCAGAACCUCAGCUCCCCAGUUACUUUCACCUUCUCCCAUCAUUCAGUGAUCCCUGGACCAAGGCAGAAGGUAUUCUGUGCCUUCUGGGAGCAGGGCCAGAAUGGAUAUGGACAUUGGGACACCACAGGCUGCAGGACAGUGGACCCCAGAGACAACAGCACCACCUGCCGCUGCACCCACCUCAGCAGCUUUGCCGUCCUCCUGGCGCACUACGAGGUGCAGGAAGACCAGCCAGUGCUGACCUUCAUCACCUACGUGGGGCUGGGCCUCUCUCUGCUGUGCCUCCUCCUGGCAGCCCUCACCUUCCUCCUGUGCAAGGCCAUCCAGAACACCAGCACCUCACUGCACCUGCAGCUCUCCAUCUGCCUCUUCCUGGCCCACCUCCUUUUCCUCACGGCGAUUGAUCUAACCAAACCCAAGGUGCUGUGCGCCAUCAUCGCAGGUGCCCUACACUAUCUCUACCUGGCCUCCUUCACCUGGAUGCUGCUGGAGGGCCUAAACCUCUUCCUCACUGUGAGGAACCUGACGGUGGUCAGCUAUUCCAGUGGGAGCAGAGUCAUGAGGAGGCUCAUGUUCCCUGUGGGCUAUGGAGUCCCAGCUGUGAUUGUGGCCAUUUCUGCAGCAUCCAGGCCUCACCUUUAUGGAACAUCUGCCCGGGGGGUGUCUAGGUUCCUAAGUGGGACCUUCCUGGAGAAAGAGACCUGGAGUUUAGCGGCUCUCUCCAGCAAGGUAAAUUUGGCUUUCUUUUUGAUAACCCUCUGCAUUUUGAGAAACAGACUAUCCUCUCUCAACAGUGAAGUGUCUACCAUUCAGAAUACAAGAAUGCUGACAUUUAAAGCAACAGCUCAGCUCUUCAUCCUGGGCUGCACAUGGUGUCUGGGCAUUCUGCAGGUGGGUCCAGUGGCCCAGGUGAUGGCCUACCUCUUCACCAUCAUCAACACGCUGCAGGGUGUCUUCAUCUUCCUGGUCUACUGCCUCCUCAGCCAGCAGGUCCGGGAGCAGUACAGGACAUGGUUCAAAAAGAUGAGGAAAUUGAGACCUGAAGCUGAGACAUACACACUCUCCAGCAGGGCUAUUUCUGACACGUCCUAACCCAGCACGGGAACUGUGCUCAUCUUAAGUCUCACAACUAUUCCUACUAUGUGCCAUGAAUGGUUGAUAAAUGAAGCAGUGAUGUACAUUCUUCUCAGAGAUAAAUUAUUUUAG